CCUGGUGGAGAGAGAGCCCAGUGAAAAAGCGAAGCUCUCGAUUUACCGGUCGAUCUACGUUCCCACCCUCAUCUAUGGUCAUGAGCUUUGGGUCAUGACUGAAAGAACGAGAUCGUGGAUACAAGCGGCUGGAAUGAGUUUCCCUGCAGGGUGUCUAGGUUCGGUCAAUCAAUCAAUCAAUCAAUGAACUUCAUUUAUAUCAUCAGGUACGUUCUGGUCGCAGGUCGUCUGGGACGGACUCAGUAGAGACGCUGCUUCUCCACACCAAGAGGAACCAGAUGAAUCAGGCUUCUGGUUAGGAUGGACGGUGAGGAGAUCAGGUCCCACCAGAGGAAGACAAACAGGAGGGGACUAAUAAUUACAGAGUUUGGUCUGGACUGGUUUGGUCUGGACUGAAUUAGUCUAGAUUGGUCUGGUACCUGCUGUAUGUUCGGUUGGAUGAAGGUUGGACCUGUGGUCUCUGCCCCCUCACUUCAUCCCAGGCCUGAUUUCAGCUGUCGGCUCGGACCGUUGAGGGUCCAGUUCCUCCGUUUUGCUCCCAUCAGCCUCUCAGGUUGAUUAGCUCUUCAUCAUCAGAAGUCUUCGUCUCUGAGAGUUGAUGUGAGAAACUAAAACCAGGAGAAAUACUUCCUGGUUUUACUGCAGAGUUCUGACUAAAUGUCCCGCUCUACCAGAGAUUUUUAUUUCUUUUGCUGAUGAGUUUUAUUAAGUGAUUGAGGUGAAAACAUUAAACUUUAACGGAGACCAAAGAACCCGGUUCUGUUGGAAUCGUCACUUUGACCAUAAAUGAAUUCAGUUGUGACUUUAGUGAACUGAACAGUGAACCAGUUCUUUCUAAGAGUGAAUCAUAAGUCUGAGGCGUUCAGGGUGUGAGUCGUGUUACAGGUGACCCAGGUGACCCAGGUGAGUUCAGGAAGUGCUCUCCUCUCCAGACUCCCUGGAUCGGUUUGUACGAUGAUGUGAACAGCUGGCGCUGGUCCAUGUCCGAAUCUGACUUCUACCGACAAGACAAGAAGAAGUUCAGGAACUGGGCGUCCAGAGAACCAAACAAUAACUAUGGAAGAGAGAACUGCGCUGAGAUGCGUGGAGACGGACGUUGGAAUGACGAAUUUUGUAAUCGAACUCGAAGUUCCAUCUGCUUGGAUGUCAAAGGGACAAAGGUGACGUUUGUUCACGUCAACGUCAACAUGACCUGGAUGGAGGCUCGGCGGUACUGCAGGGGGCGCCACACCGACCUGGCCAGCGUCAGGAACAUGGCAGAGAACCGGCGGCUGCAGGUCCUGGUGCCGACUGGACAACGGGCCUGGAUCGGCCUGUCCAGAGAGUCCUGGAAGUGGUCGGAUGGAACCGGCUCGGCUUUUAGCUUCUGGAUGUCGGGAGAACCCAGUAAGACCAGACAGAACUGCGCCGCGGCGAACAUGAAAGAUUCUGGAAGAUGGCAAAACUUUUGCUGCACAGAAAAGAAAUCAUCAGUUUGUUCUGCAGAUCCAUCGUUAAAGCAAGUGAAGCUGAAGGUGGUGAGAAGUUCAUCUGUGGAUCUGAACGACCCGGACCUGCUGGAAGACCUGCUGACGAAGAUGAAGCAGAAGCUGAGGGAGCAGGGAGUGAGUGGAGACGUCAGACUGAGCUGGAGGAAGCAGAAAGAUGGAAAAAUCUUCCUGAGGAAGAAGAACGAUGAGCUUUAG